UAGGCAAAAGUGGUCGAUACCAAUGGCAAUAUGGUACCGUUCGGAACUCCCGGAGAACUGUUGAUUCGCGGUUACCUGAACAUGAACGGUUACUUUAAYGAUGAAGAGAAGACAAAGGAGACGAUUGAUUCGAACGGGUGGYUACACACAGGAGACCAAUUCGUUUUAUAUGAAGACGGAUAUGGCAAUCACGUUGGCAGAUUAAAAGAAAUGAUUAUCCGUGGUGGUGAAAACCUUUUUCCUAAAGAGAUAGAAUACUUUUUGGAGUCUCAUCCGUCGAUUUCCCAAGUUCAA